UGAAGUUGACAGUCGACAAGCAAUCAAUAAACUACAAUAACAUUACCUAUAAAUUGAAAUAUUUAUAUAAAUCUAAAAUUACUAUUAUAAAACUAAUGUUAAGUCUUCUACAACGGGAAUCGGAUUAUUUGUAAUACAUACAACAAUACAUAUUAAGGACAUUCCCAAUUAACAUACGGAUCUAGUAAGAAAUCUUUUAUAUAUAAUACCGUAGGCUCAUCGAUUACAUUGUUAACUUAGUAAUUAACGCACUAAUCAAGAGCAUAGUUUUAAUAUGAUCAUAUUUUUGAGUGAACUACAAAAGGAACAUCUCAGUUUGCUUCAUAAUCAUUCUCCACAGGUUCUCAUUGAUUUCUGCAAGUUAACAAUUGAUUAUAUAAAUAAUGGAAUUAAUGAAAAGAAAUACGCCUUGGCAGCAGAGAAAUUGGAGAUAUUACCAUCUGUUAUUCAAAACUUGGUUCAAGCCUUAGCUCACCUCAUUUUAGAAGGUUGCAAACAUAAUUUAUCAGAGCAGAAUUUUAAAUCAUCACUAGCUAUAGCAGGAUUUUCCGAUGAUCACCAACAAGUGUUGGUCAAAUUCUAUUCGAGAAAGAAAGGAGAGCUUUCUGCUGCAUUAAAUUUACUUCAACAGAAGGAUCCUACAUAUCAGGACUUGGCUUGGAGAUUUGAAGUGCAGAUGGCAUCAAAAAGUUGUCCAGAAACAAUAAAACCCAUGGUCACUAUGGACUAUGUUCUAUCUGUACCAAAAAGUUACGACCAUAGUAAUGACAAACAUACCCAUAGACAAUCAGAUGACAUUUGUAUAAGCUCUUCAGUAGAAGACGCAAAGGCAGCUAGUCAUUGUCAAAAUGUGGUGAAACACGUUAUAAUGCAAUGCGAUCUACCAACUUUAGUACAUUUAACUAAUACAUUGAAUGAGGCUGUGAACGAAUCAAAGAGUCAACAUAUACGGAAGAUUCAAAGAGCAUUGUAAAUAAAAAAAACCAUAGACGAAGUAUCUUCUAUAUCAAGUCUGUGAUGCAUGAGGUUUAUUAAAAAUAAUGUUGAAUUACA